AUGCCAAGCAACAAUUUUUCUUUCUGGGCAGCAAAAGAUGACAGCAAGCCUGACUUGCUCUGUGGGAGACCAGCCGAUUACUUUGUGGUCCAGAAGCAUUUCACAAUCAUCAUAAGUGCCAUUAUUGUUUUGGGAGGGUUUUCAAAGAUGCUUUUAAAGAAUUCCGAGGUCUUUGUCUUGAUGAUUCUCUCUGUGUCAGGAUUUGUGACAGGGCAGCUGGCUUACCAUUUUGUCGAGGUGCACCAAAUUGUUUACCCUCUUCUAAAAACACCAAGUUUUUCACUUUAUUGUUAUUUUUUACCUUUAAUUGUAUUUGUGGCUGCUUUGGACGUGGACUUUUAUAUAGUAAAGAAUGUGUUAUGGCAGGUUUUGCUGACGGGAGUGAUUAGCUUUGGGAUAGCGUUUGUCACCAUUGCGUAUGUGGUUCUGAAAUUCAACGAAGACUCGUGGGAUCUGCAGUGCUGUUUACUCUUCACCAUCACACUGUGCAUAAUAGACCCUCUCCAUUCCGUCAACUCGCUAAAAACGAUUGGCAUUUCUAAGAUGUACACGGACAUUAUCAGAGGAGAGUCGUUGAUCAUUUGUAGCUUCACAUGCAUUUUCUUUGGAAUUUUCCGGGGCCAUACAACUAAUGUUUCCAUGUUCAGGGAGUUACAUGUCAUCAUUGGACUCAGCUUUGACAUUUUUGGAAGCGCAAUAUGUGGAUAUUGGUGCACGAGAUUCAUUCGGAUUAUACUGACCGACCUUUUUAGCAACACACUGACUAACGUUGUUCUCUGUUUUUCUCUGGUGUACAUGACUUUCUACCUCGUGGAAUAUUUUGGAAUGUCAGGAAUUGUCGCUUUGGUUACAGUAGGCCUGAAUUUAGAUUCAUUAAGUUUUAAACCGAGGAUGGAGUUCAUAAUUACUAAGUUCUUAAUAAUGUGUUCAUCUGCAUAUGAACAUUUAAUAUAUGGCUUCUUUGGCAUUGUGAUUGGCUGUGGAGAAAUCAAAUAUUUCAGAUUCCACUCACUAGUUUUCACUGUCACCUUAUUUGUAACAGUGAAUUUUGCAAGGUUGCUUACUGUUCUCUUCGUGAGCCCUAUUUUGAUGCAUUCAAGUUAUGAGUAUGACUGGCGAUGGGGCGUUGUCAUCGCAUGGUCUGGCAUCAGAGGUGUUUUUAGCUUACUCCUGGCUCCAGAUAUUUAUAGUUUUUCUGAACGUAAAAUAGAGGCACCGCAUAUGUUUAUAUUCUAUAUACAAAUACUAUCAAUAUUGACAACAGGAAUAAAUUCACAUAUGAUGCUUCGAUCAGCCAAGACAUUAGGUUUGUGUGCUCUCUCCCUUCCAAGACAAAUGGCUGUUCGAAAUGCCAUUGAACACAUACAACAGAAUAUACAGAAUGCAAUAAAUUUAUUUAAAACAGAAAAAAUUUUAACAAAUGUUAACUGGAAUGUAGUAGAAGAAAAGGCAAAUAUUGGAUACAAUCCUAUUUUAAAACAGACGCACACUGUUCAGGUUUCUUCUUUUCAUGGUCCAAUAGAGGAGUCCCCAACAGAUGAAGUUUUAAUAGAAGAGGCCAGAUUGCAUGUAGCUAUAAUACAAAUGAGCAGCUUUGAAAAGCAAUGUAAUGAUGGGGUCCUUGGGGUAGAGGCGGCCCGGAUAUUAAUUGGUGCAACCAAAAGCUACUGCCCCAUCCAUGGAAAAUUCAUGAGUAUUUCUGAUGUUUCAACUUAUGUGAGAGCUAGAAGUUGGCUUAUAAAGUUUAAAAACAUGUUAACUUACUUGGAAUAUCACAAAGAAAGGAUACUUUUCACUGUACCUGGGAAUAAUAAAUUUCUGAUUUUUGUCUAUCGCAUUAUAAUUUCAGAAGAAUUUGAAUAUGCCACAUAUGUUGUAGCAGUAAUGUAUAUUUUCCCUAUGAUAAUACACAUAUGGCCAACUGCAAGAGAGCUAAAUAUAUCAGCACUGAUAUCCAUAAACUACUAUUUUAUGUUUUUAUACACAUUAGAAUCAACACUGAAGAUAAUGAUUUUAAAAAAAAAGUACUUUCUUCAGAAUUGGAAUACUUUGGAUUUUUUCAUCAUAGUUAUGGGAAUCGUUGAUAUAUUGUGCAUCUACUUUGUCAAGCUGAGACCAGACAGCUUGAUUCUGAUCCAGUUUACAGUGGUGAUAGGAUAUUUAAGAAUAAUUAGGUUUCUUCCUAUCUUUAAGAUUAUAAUACCAAUACUAAUAAAUAUUGCGGACGUACAGAUCAAGAAGAGCCUCAGUUUGAUGUACAGUAUUACAAAAGGCUAUGUCAAAAGUCAGGAAGAUGCCAAACUUUUGGUCAGGCAAAUUUCUGGUCGUGAAUCAAUCUAUCAGAAACUGUAUGACAUUUUAGAAAAAAACAAACGAGAGGCUAUUAAAGAACUAGGGCUCCUAGAGCACGAAGGACGCGAUGUUGUCAUUGCCCUGAAGACAAAGCAGGCCAUCCGCCAUGUGAUUGCUAAAGCCCUGAAAAACCUCACCUUCCUCUGGUCAAGAGGCAUCAUUGACAAGCACGAGGGCAUUGAAAUGAAUAAGGUACUUCUUACAAAAAUAAAAGCCUUGAAUAACUUUCCAAUGGCAAUCCCACCUCCAACCCCAGACAAAUACCUACCCAACAUCGUUUGGAUGGAAAAUAAAGAUGUUCUCAUUGAGUUCUUCAAGGAAAGAACUCGACUCACCUAUUUUGACUACGGCGAUAUCAUCUGUAGAGAAGGUGAAAUGCCCCAAGGAAUCUUCUUAAUUAUUUCAGGAAUGGCAAGUUUGCAUAGCUCAUCUCCCACCUUUGGGUUAGACUCAAACCGGGGGACUGACAGACAGUUCAAGACUAUGUACACAGAGUACUGUACCAGUGGAGAUGUACUUGGUGAGCUCAGCUGCUUGCUUAAGCGUGAAAUUGAAUAUACUGCCAUCUGUGAAACUACUUUGCAGGCUUUCUUCAUCUCCUUGGAGGAUUUAUAUGAAGGUUUUGAUGUCUUCUGGCCAUCUCUGGAAUAUAAAAUAUGGCUCAAGCUUGCUCUUGGUGUUGCAAAUCAGUAUUUUGAACAAGUUAUUGCUGGUGAGGAUUUAAAGUUUCAGAAGUGUGUGGUGUCCAAUUAUGCGUAUGUGGAGACUCUGUCAAGCUAUAAUGAAAUGACUCUCAAUCAUGUGGCCAUGAAAAUCGUUAUUCUUGUGUACGGCAAUGUGAUUAAUAGCAAGACAGAAGAAUCGCUUGUUGCACCCAGCAUUAUUCCUAAGUCCUGUGAUCAGAUCCAGGGAAUUUCAGAUGUAAGCAAGCUUCUGAUAAUCCUGGCAUCUGAACCUGUCAAAAAUGAUGCAGCUACCCCUGCCAUGGUCAGUGGUGAUCUUCGAACAACCAAGAAAGACUAUAACUGGAAGAGAAAAGAUGAGUUUGAAGGUGGCCAUCUCUUUAGAAAGACAAAUUAGCACGGCCGUUAUGAUGUGUGGAGUCAGGUAACGGUGGAGCUGACACCCGGCACAAACGAUGUUGACUUAGCCACUGCUUGAGCUGUCUGCCGCUGCCUUCAUUUCAAAAGCAAUCAGUGGGUGACCACAGACACUUCAGAUCUUGAGUAGUUGCAUUAUGCUUGAGAUACUCAAAAUUCUUCAGGAUAAUACACAAUUCUUUAAAAUGGAGGGAAGGAAACCUUCCCCUAGCUUAGCACAAACGGUAACAGAGUAAGUUGGCAAAUGAGGUGUGCAAUUUAUGUCGGAGUCUGAAGCGCAAUACUCGUGA